ACUCGAACAACAGACCUAACUCUUGAUGACCUCGUCAAAUUCUCCACUGAGCACCACCAUUUGCAACACUUGAAUUUAGUUCGUAUAGCCACUCCUCUAAAUCCACAAGUGGACAUUGCCCAAAUCUUCCACAUGGGCCAGAUGCCCUGGCUCUCAUUCAAGUGCCAUGACGAUGAUUUGAGUGCAGACAGGUUUGCGGGUAUUAUUCAUAUUGCUUCACCAACGCUGGAAACACUGCAGCUAGUGAAUACACGCAAUAUCUCAGACGAUGUGCUUUGUCUCAUCUUGAGGCACUGCAGAUCCCUGACAGUUCUUCAGCUGAAAGAUAAUCACAUUGGACCUGAAGUCAUUGACAGCCUUCUGGAUAGCUGUCCUCCAAGGCUUACCGAACUGUCACUGCCCAAGGGUUCCCCACUCCUGCUUAAUGAGCAUGUUGCGGAAUGUGUGGCUCAGUCUUGCCCACUCCUGGAGAAAGUGAAUCUAAGUUGGCACACCAAUAUCGGCAAUGCUGCAGUGCGAUCAUUACUACUCCUGUGUCCCAUGCUACGCAUCCUGGAGGUGAAAGGUGUGAAGCAGCUCACAUCCGAUCCGUUCUUGCCAUUGGCGGUCGUAUGCAAGACUUCAGACAGUGUUGAAGAUGAAGCGGUACUGGACUCUGAAAUGAUGGCACUGGUCAAACACAACCAACAGUACUACGUACGUCGCUCAACAGUGUACGGUCGUAACUUACAACUUCUGGACUUGAGAUUCUGUGAUCAUGUGGAUGUUGAGCAUCUGAUGACAAUAGCACGUGCGACAUUCCAAUCCCUGAACGUUAGGCACUUCAAGUUUGACAAGGUCACCGAGGGUGGUGAUGUGGAGUGGCAGUUGGCUGUGGCCAGAUAA